AUGCCCCGCCGCAUCGUCAUCCUCCCCGCCUCCACCAAGGCCGGUCGAGAAACCAUCCGCGUGCUUCUCCAGUCCGAGAGCAAGCCUUUUGUUCGUGCCGUCUAUCGGAACCCGGCCAAAGCCCCGGCCGAGUUCCUUCAAAAUCCCAAUUUCGAGGCCGUCCAGGGUGAUGUCUCCAGCGGCUCGGGCCUUGACUUUGCCGGCUUCGACACGCUAUUCUACAUCCCUCCCCGACCUAUGAGCCCGGGAGUGUUGCGUUUGAACCACAUCUCGGACGAGAUACUCAAAAACUCCGUGCCCCAGGUCUCAAUCGUCCGGCCCGGCUACAUCACCGAGGAAUGGGCCCACUUUCUCGACGCGGCCAAGGCUGACCCUCCCGUCUUGCACUCCUGGAUCUCGCCAGUUGACCACAAAGUACCCAUGGUUGACCUCAAGGAUAUCGGUGAAUGCUGCGCAAACACCCUGCUAUCGGAGCAGACGAAACCUAGCCCGUACUACUUUAAGCUUUUCGGGCCCCAGCACUACAGCUCUGCCGACCUCAAAGAUGCGGUGGAAAAGGUAGUCGGCACCAAGACGGAACUCAAGCUGAUAGAAAGGGAUCAGCUCUCGGGCUUCUUCGCGCAGCUGGGGAUACCCGAAACUCACGUGCCCGAUUUUGUAGGCAUGACAACUGCUGUCUUGCCGGGAGGAAUCAUGGCGGGAGAUUUUGGGUAUGACGAGGACACGGUGAGGGGCAAGGUAGAGCUUGUCGAUGGCCUUCGGGAAAUGUAUGAGAAGAAACAGCAAGGUUGA